CGGAGUGUAGAAGGAUUAGUCCUCGUUGUCAGCUCUUAAGCUUUUAUUAAAGAGUUUCAGUAAACAAAACUAUGGAAUUGGAGGGUGGAAACUAUGAACCUGGUUUCGUGGGCAUCAGGUUCUGUCAGGAAUGUAAUAACAUGCUGUAUCCCAAAGAAGAUAAAGAAAACCGCAUUCUGCUCUAUGCUUGCAGAAACUGUGACUAUCAGCAGGAAGCCGACAACAGCUGCAUCUAUGUCAACAAAAUCACCCAUGAGGUUGAUGAACUCACUCAGAUUAUUGCUGACGUGGCCCAGGAUCCAACACUCCCUCGAACAGAGGACCACCCGUGCCCAAAAUGUGGCCACAAGGAGGCGGUGUUCUUCCAGUCUCACAGCAUGAAGGCUGAGGAUGCCAUGAGGCUCUACUAUGUCUGCACUGCCCCACACUGUGGCCACAGAUGGACAGAAUGAGGAGGAUGGAUUCAUGAAUGAUGAGAAAUGAGGUGUUCUGGAGUCCGCGGUCCACUGUUUGUCAGUUUAGAGGACAUUUGUUGUUGUCCAGCGGAUGUAUCUUGUCAAGUGACCUGACUGUAGAUCACUGGGGCAUUUGUAAAGAAACUGGAGUUUGAAAUUAAGUUCGAGAGACAAAAAUCAGCCCGCAUCUAGAGACUCCAGAGAAGUGUUGAUAGUUUUUAUUUCUUCUGUAUUUUUUUAAAAAGCUUUGUAAUAAAAGAUCACAAAACAUGAA